GGCUAGGGAGAGCUCAGUGGGGGCAGGGAAGGGGUUAAGUGCUGCUUCAGUCGCUGUCUGUGCCUCAGCGCUCCGGUGUGCCGCCGCGGCUCCGAUCAGCUGUCAGCUCCAAAGACACGCCCCCAUUCCGCCGCCCCGGACCAAUGAGAGGCGCCGAUGCUGGCAGGUGCGGGUGUUAUUGUUUUGGGCAGAAGUUAAAGGCCUGGGAGACAGGAGAGCUGCCUGAAUACCCGGUGCCCACACACUGGCACUUCCGCGCCCAGGGGCCGGGACCCUCCGUAACGGCACCCCCUCCCAUCGGGCCCCACUACAUCCGCUGUGAGCCGGGGAACUCGGGGGAGAAGGGCCCCCAGCACCUGGUUACACACACAGCCGCCCCAAUGAGGAGAGACAUGAACGGAGUGACCAAGAGCCGGUUUGAGAUGUUCUCAAACAAUGACGAGGCUCUGAUCAAUAAGAAACUUCCAAAGGAGUUGUUGCUCAGGAUCUUCUCUUUCCUGGAUGUGGUAACCUUGUGUAGGUGCGCACAGGUCUCCAGGGCCUGGAAUGUACUUGCUCUUGAUGGCAGCAACUGGCAAAGGAUAGACCUGUUUGACUUCCAGAGGGAUAUAGAGGGCCGUGUGGUAGAGAAUAUAUCCAAGCGCUGCGGUGGGUUUCUUAGAAAGCUGAGCUUACGUGGAUGUCUGGGUGUAGGAGACAACGCUCUCAGAACCUUUGCUCAGAACUGUAGGAACAUUGAGGUGUUAAAUUUAAAUGGCUGCACAAAGAUCACAGACGCAACGUCCACGAGCCUCAGUAAAUUCUGCUCCAAGUUGCGCCAACUGGACCUAGCUUCCUGCACAUCUAUCACUAACCUCUCCCUCAAGGCAAUCAGCGAGGGCUGUCCCCAACUGGAGCAACUGAACAUCUCGUGGUGCGAUCAGAUCAGUAAGGACGGGAUCCAGGCUCUAGUAAAAGGCUGCGGGGGGCUCCGUCUCCUUUCUCUCAAAGGCUGCACACAGCUGGAAGAUGAAGCACUCAAGUUUAUUGGCUCCCACUGUCCAGAACUUGUGACAUUAAAUCUACAGGCAUGUUCACAGCAGAUAACAGACGAUGGUCUCAUUACUAUAUGUCGUGGAUGCCACAAGCUCCAAUCUCUAUGUGCCUCUGGCUGCUCCAACAUUACAGACUCCAUUCUUAAUGCACUCGGACAAAACUGCCCCAGGCUCAGAAUACUUGAAGUAGCACGAUGUUCACAGCUGACAGAUUUGGGAUUCACCACUUUGGCAAAGAACUGCCAUGAGCUGGAGAAGAUGGACCUGGAGGAAUGUGUACAGAUCACAGAUAGCACACUCAUCCAACUUUCCAUACAUUGCCCCAGGCUGCAGGUAUUGAGUCUGUCACACUGUGAGCUUAUAACAGACGAUGGGAUCCGCCACCUAGGGAACGGCGCGUGCGCCCACGACCGGCUGGAGGUCAUCGAGCUGGAUAACUGUCCCCUUAUUACAGAUGCAUCUCUUGAGCACCUUAAGAGCUGCCAAAGCCUAGAGAGAAUAGAACUGUAUGACUGCCAACAGAUUUCCAGAGCUGGCAUCAAAAGGCUGCGGACUCAUCUUCCAAACAUUAAAGUUCACGCCUACUUUGCUCCGGUCACCCCUCCUCCAUCCGUGGGGGGCAGCAGACAGCGCUUCUGCAGAUGUUGUGCCAUUCUUUGAGAGAAGGGACACCUCGGCUUUGCCCCUCCCACGUGGGGCUCUGGGCGGACUCAUUCACAAGAGAAUGCGCCAGCCAUAGUGGUGGAGAGAAUGAAUGCCACUCCUCGAGAGAGAGCCAGAGCGCUCAUCCACCCUCCCCCCCACUGAUAGGGUGUGGUAGGGCUCACCCAUUCUUUUUCUUUUUUUUUUAAUUUUAAUUUUAUUUUUUUCUACCCCAGAUAGAGAAUAUUUGAGGGUUAGGGUUGCCUUGAACAGCUGGGGAAGCCCACAGCACUCCGGGGAGCUCACAACAUAGGAAGAGGGUCAGCUGCUGCAUUUGGGGUGGAUCGUCAGACUGUAAGAUUUGUGAUUUAGGGGACAGGCCAACACCCCCCCAAUUCAUACCAUCUUUCCCUGGUCCUGUAUCAGCAGAGGCUAUUUUUUUUUUUUUUUGACGCAACCUACUUUGUGCCUCUGAAUGGUGGGAUGGGGGAGGGAUGGCAACACGGUUCCCCAUUGGCUCAUUGGGAGCAGACAUUUGUUAUGGAUAUCAGAGAGCAGACCCCCCCCCUUCACAAAGAUGGACCUUCAGAUCAACCCCUUCCUGUUGCCCCUCUACCCUCGGCACUGCAGCAGCAAGGCGGCACCCUUCCUCACUGUACCCCCCCCUGGGGUAGUGUAUCGUGGAUGCUCUCCAGAUCCUUAUAAUGCAUUCCCCAGAAAUGAGAACAAAAAAAAAUGGAAAAAAAAAAAUUAUAUAUUAUAUAAAUAUAUAUAAAUAUAUAUAUAGACUUUGUACAAUAUAAUUUUAAUGAUAUUGCGGGUUGCUCCCUUCUCACACUCAUGUGGAUGUGAUAAUGCCAAUUACAGAAGUAUAAAUUAAAACGAAAGCAACAAACUGCAACUGGUCAGGAGUAAGCAGCGGAUUGGUUGCCGUAGGCAUGUGUGUGUUUGUGGGUCCAUGUGUCAUGUCUGUGCUCACAGUGUGCCCUAUUAUAUUACUUGCUCAA